AUGAAGAGUGAUCAAAAAUGUUGUCUCAAGAAAGUGGAAUGCUUGAAGCAGAAUUGGAUAUCCGUUUUAAUAAUUGUAACAACAAUUUCCGGAUUCGCUCUUGGCCUGGUUUUCCGUCAGUUUAACUUAAACGAGCAAGAAAAGCAAUUAAUCGGUUUUCCGGGAAUGUUAGUGAUUAGAGCUUUUCGCAUGAUCAUUUUGCCCAUGCUUCCUUGCAGUAUUAUUUUAGGUAUCACUUCUUUGGGUAAAUCGGAAAAUAGAAAAUUAAUUUCUUACACCGUUUUGUUCAUCGUUUUACUCUCGCUCUUUGCUAGUAUUUUGGGAUUAACUUUAGCUCAUCUUCUUAAGCCCGGAGAAAAAGCUCUGGAUAAACCAAAAAGUCGAGUGGAAGAUGCUGGAAAGAAAAGUCAGAUCUUAGAUUCCUUCUUGGAUAUGCUGAG